AUGACGAGACUAAAAAGGUGGGGACGGAGGGGUGCCGAGGGCUUUGCCAUCACCCCGGGCUACCCCCGCGCCGGGCAGGGGACGUGCCGCAGUUCCCGGGCCGUCUCCGGCGGGAUUCAGCGUGAUUGCGGCGAAGAGAAACCUCUCCUUCCCCAACAGCCUUCUCUUCCACGGCCACCUUUUUGCGCCACGGUACAUGUUUUUCUCCGAGGCGUCGGAGACUUCCAGGUCCAGCGCGGCUCUGCGAGGUGCGGGACGGGCGCGGCCUGUGGCCCCGGCCCGCUGCCGGCGGGGUCUCUUCGGCCGAACAGUCCUGGCUUCCAGUUCGUGCCCACCCCGGCCUGGGAUGCCCGCCGGCCACAUGGUGUGGAAUGCCCGUGGGAUAUCCCCCCGUCGCCAUCUUCGACGGCUCCUGAGCCUCUGUCAGGGUGUGCUCGACAGCCGGCUGCCACGCAGAGGGCAGGAAGAAGUGGAGAUUUGGGGCCGGGCUCCGUAGGGAAUCGGCAGACGGAAGGGUAUAUUUGGGGCCGAAAACGCGUGUGGCCGCGAGCGUUCGGAGCCCGGACCUUUGCGGGGGCUAUUGACCCCCAGCGCUGCGGGCAGAGGUGGCUUUGGGCAGGGGCACCAUGCUCCCUUCUCCGUGUCAAAAAAAAAGCGGUGCUGAACAGAUCGCUCAGUUGCUGACACCUUCCUAAGAGAUGAGACGGCAUCGCUGGGGGUUCACACCAACUGCGCUUUCGAGGUGCACAAGAGGAACUUUUCAGAAGCUUAUACCAGGUGAUCUGAAACGGUGCUUCCUCACAGAUCUGAAUGACCCCACGCAGAAAAUGUGUGGAAUACAUCUACCUUGUCAAAGGGGGAAAUCAGUUGACAUAAGAAGUCUUUCCGUCAUUCUCAUCUACCCUCUCACUGCCUGCACAGUUCAGCAGGGAAAACAGCAGAGGCGAAGCAGCUGGAACGACGCCAGCACUUGGGGCUUUUGGCAGCCCUCUGCAGCAGGGGUUUGGGGUCUUUUUGCAUCCCUCCUCUCUGGAGCUGUCAGCAGGUAAAACACUCUGCCGUGUUUCUCAGAGCUGCUGAAACAUGAUGUGCUCUGCCUCCACCUUUGGCAGAGCUUGCCUGACCCUGCCUUGCUCCUUGCUUAGGGUGAGGCAGAUUCAAUCCCCUUGGCAGCCCAGAUGGGUCACCACAGGCUUGAUCAGGCCUGAGGAGCUGUCCUCUUACAUUUAGCAAGAGGGAAAAAUGCCCACCAGCUGCUUGCAAUUGCUGAGACACUAAGCACAGAUUUUGCCUUCAUGAGUGAACAUUUAACAGUCAUGAUAGACAGACUCAGCAACAUCUUAUCAGUACCUUUUGGCUGUCAGGACAAAGGCCUGAACACCUCCAGGUCUCCACACCAAGUCUCCACAGGGUUUGCUGGGAUGGAGGAUGCGUGUGUUAACAAGGUGGCUCUCCACAGCAGCAAACACAUCAUUCCAGUGCCCCAUGGUCCCCACUCAGGGCAAGAGCCAGACAGAAGUCAGAUGUCAGGUCUAAUAGAUUUAGCUUGACUUUUGCCAUGCAGAGGGGCAAGAGGGACACCUGUAGAGGGUCAUCUAUCUCCCGCUCUGUGCAUCCCUUCUUGGCAGGGAUGAUCACUGCUGCAAGUGCUGCCAAAAUCGCUGUAGAGGACAUUGACAUUAAACCAAACACCUAACUUCUAGAUGCAGGUUGAAAAGAAACCCAUGUUUAUUUCUUCAUUUUCUGGUUGCUUUUAUCUUGUUUGGCUGGAAUAACCCUUUCCCUUUCCAGCAUCUUUUUGCCUGAUGCUGGGUUGUUGCUUUCUUUCUUGUGCUGCAAUUCCAAGUGUUCCUACACACAAGUUUUCCCUUUUCAUAUAUCUACUAACGCCAGUUUAAAAUCAAAACAAAAAAAACCCCAAACCCAAAUCCACUGAGAUCUGACUCAAAGAAAAGAUACCUUAGCCUUAUGAGGUACAAAUUAAAGUGCAGGUUAUUCUUGAGAAAUUUGAGUCUGGGGAAUCUGAAUGUCUUUCUGUAAGGACCAAAUCUAAUGAUGUAUGGGAAUGAUUAAUGAGGAUUUUAACAGUAUUUGCAUCUUGCUGAUUCUAAGUAACAUUCAGUAUUUAGAGAGCUUUGGGAGCCUUUCUGACAGCUAACAAGGAUUUAUAGAUUCUUUAGUUUAAAUUUAAAUACAGAUUAAUAUUCCAGAUUAGUUUACUACUACUAAUUUUGUGAACACUAAUAAAUCCCAAAGAUUGUAUCUAUUCAGAAAUUAAUCAGGGUAUGUAGAUGCAGAUGAUUAAAAAUUCUACCACAAUCAGGGUGAUUAAGAAAAGAAUCAUAAAAUCUUAAGGCUGCCUUUCACAGAGUCUGAAUCUGCAGAAAUUUUUAACUGGUAUGUAAGUUUAUAUGGGCUCCAUUUGACAAGAGUAGUUUGAAUCUGGAUGAAAUCUGAGGAAAUAAAUUAUAAAACUGUG